GCCGAUUUAUACGGUACGGCCGAUCGACGGUACCAUUCGAUUGUACGUUUGUACAACUUCAUGAUCCGGCUGUAUUUUCGUGGAGAACAAAUCCGUCUUUAUUGCCAUAUUCUACGACGAUAAUAACAAUGUUCACAAGUUGAUGACAAGCAUUGUCAGUUAUCCUAUCAAACUUGUUAAAGGAUUAUAAAAGAACAAAGAUGGAUCAAAUCGAGUCGAAUCUACGGAUCCAUGUCGAGGCCGGACUGAACGAAGUGCCCGCUGUUUGGUCGGUAGUGUUGUAUACUUUGUUCGGGGCAGUUCUGGGCUUCCAAUGCUACAACCAAGCCCUCAACUACGUUCCCGCUCCUGAAAAAUAUUCUGGUGGGAAUCGGUUUAAAUGGCGCAACGUUAUGGCUUCUUUUCUUCAUGCUUUCCUCACGGGAACUGGAUCAGCUUAUUGUUUGUACACAUCUCCGUUCAUCUUAGAUGAUCUAAUACACAACUUCACACCAUUCAGCGAGAUUCUAGUUUCUCUUUCAACAGGUUAUUUUGUGUAUGAUUUCCUAGAUAUGCUCGCAUAUAAGAAGAUAUCCAGCUCGUGGCCUUUACUACUUCAUCACAUUGUUAUAUUCACAUGUUUUGGCGUAUCCCUAAACUACAAACACUACAUAGGCUACGCCGUGGUGGCGCUCAUGGCAGAGGUCAACAGUAUAUUCCUGCACCUGCGGCAGCUCCUACUCAUGAGCAGCUAUCCCAAGUCGUCUACGGCCUUCAAGGUCAACAGCGUCGUCAACGUAACGACGUACAUCGUGUUCCGCUUUGGAGUGCUCACUUGGAUGGGGUGGUGGCUGUCGCAGCACACUCACGAGUUGCCGAUCACCAUGAGCCUUCUGGCCGGCGUCGGACUAACGGUCAUGCUUUCUGUGAACUUUGUGCUCUUCUUAAGACUACUCUCGAGUGACUUUCUGUCAAGAAGGAACUGCAAGGAGUCAAAAGACGACGUCAUGGAUAAUUAAGCUUCCCCUUUACCAUCCAUCUCAAUUGUUUCUCUUUUUCUAUGAUGAAUAUGCAUCAUCCUGCUCAAGAUACAUGUUGGUUUCUCUGAAGAGAAAUCCUCUUCUUAUUUUUCGUAUGAUUUAUGUGAAAUUAAUAUUGCAUUCACUCCAUGGUCUAUGAGCAGGUGUGUAUGGUUGAUGAAGAAAGGUCUGCACAGUUUUAUUUUUUGUUAUUAGUUGGACUAUUCACAUGGUGAUCUUAUGGUGACUAGGAAUGAGAGUGCCUCUUGGAGAAAUCAUGAUUUUUUUUUUAUAUAUUUGAAUUUGUAGUGCGUUCAUGAUGAUGGUGAGAUUCUUAUGUAGAUCUUUAUGUCAAUUUCAAUGAUCUUAUGCAGAUGUUUACAGUGUAUGUAAAUUUCAAAGUACUUAUCACAAGGGAGUUAUUUUGUACUUGAAGUGUAAUUGAAUCUGGAAAUGAUCUAUGGGUUUGUGAUACCAAUGGUGAACCAAAUUUACUUCAAAUAUAGUCUGAAGUUAUUGAUAUAUUGAGCGGUUUUCAUACACUUGAUGUCGAAGCUUAACAUGAGUGGAUUUGAUCUGAUUUGAUGUGCUAAUCUGGACAGAGCAGGAACUUCUCAAAAGUUUCUUCUUGCAUGCCAAAGUUUCUGAUUUUACGGUGAGAUUCUAGUUUUUAUGUUUGCAAUUUCUCAUUGUACAGCUGAAAAUAAGGGAUCUAGACUUUGCCAGUCGCAUUCUUUCAUCUCACAGUCCCUCAAAAUGAUUUUUAGAUGCUUUUGAUUCAUCACAGCGAAAAUGAGAGGGAACAAAUGAUGUCACUUGAUGCAGUCCACUGUCAUCAUCAAACGUCUUUAAAUUGUUUGUACAUAUCACUGCAAUAGUUCCAUAGGGUUUCAGAAAUACUAAUUACCGGUAUAUAUUACUGCGGGUUUACUAAAUAAUUUGUUACCCAUUUUUUAUCACUUUACUAAUGCAUCUAUUAAAUGAGGAGGAUAUGGGGACAAGAAGAAGUGGAGGGAGGGAAGGAAGUAGGGAGUGUCAUCAUUGGGUGAAAGUCAGUAACCUUCGUAAGAGGGAAAAUGCUGACUUUAAUAAAUGAUGAAGAUGAUGAAUCACCAUGAUUAUGGAAACUGAAAAUGUGUGUUCAGACCCACAGAGGAUACGCUUCUAUGUUCAUCUUUAUGAUAACUAGAAAUCUUUCGGAGCGAGAAUCGACACACCCUCUGAGUGAACCAGAUUAAACAAGAUGAAAAUCGACCACUGUUUCCAUAUAAUGCUUGCUUGGAGUCUUUUAAACGACUCUAACCAUUGAAGUGCCAUACUCAACAUUUUCUAGAAACUUGUUUCUUCCUUUUUGUACAUUGAUCUGUAUACAUACAAUCCUGCUGUUCCCGUAAUCCUAUAUUUUUCUGUAUUUCCUUGGGUCAUAUCGCACAUUACUUUUUUCUCUACAUACACCUGUACAAGUAUAUGCACAAGCCAGUACCGGUAAACAAAUAUUGGAUAAUAUUUAUGUAAUGUUAUAUAUAGUUUAUAUAUGAUAUUAAAAUAUGAUCAGAGAUCAUUUCUAUUGGACAAUAAAAUGGAAUUUGAAAAUUAGAUUCAAAAUUAAAAUUAAAUGCGAAGCAGCACCCUAGUAUCUGAUCUGAAAAUGCAUGAAGGAGAUCCUUCUCAUCAGCUGCCCUUCAACACUGCCAUUCCAUCAAGUCUGCACUCCCAAACUCUGAUAUGACAUUUGAACACGAUUCCAUAAAGCUGCAUUGAGGCUUGAGUUGAGGCUAACCAUGUCAGUCUGUGGCUGUGUUGAAUAAAAGGUGGAGCUAUUGUACAGAGCCUAUAGGGUGGAGUACACUGUGCAGUCUGCAUAGUCUCAGAAUACAGACUCUCUAUACGCACUUUAAAUGACAAGGGUGUGUGUCAACAGACUACAUUCCAUCCGUGAUAAUGAGAGUGUAUCAAGUCUUGAACAUCCGUAAUUAAUAACCAGCUGUGAGGGAUGGUUCUUACUUUGAUGAACUACAACACAUGCUGUACACCUGUUCAACUUUCUUGCUUCAAGACCUAUUGAUAGUUACCUGUCAUGCUUUUACACUUGUUGCUGCCCUGAUGACAACGCUGUACUCUUAUCUUUCCUUGGAAGCGAGACUAAUUCUAAUAUUACUUGCCGAUUGCAUCUGAUCUUAAGCUAAUAUAUAAUCCAGUGUGAUAUUCAUGUCCGCAGCAAUUCCUCGUACAAAAAAAUUCUCAAUGUCUUCAAAAAGCAUCUCAAAACUUAACCAAUUGUGUUAGUGUUAUCCCUGUAAAUUUCUUGUAAACUUGCAAUGUUCUAUAUAAAUGCAUUAUUAUUCUUACUAUAUCACUGCCUUCUUUAAUGAAAAUUGAAGGACUUUUUAAAAUUUUGUCCAGUGGAUAUAAUCCAAUAUAGUUUUAAAAGCUGUCAUAAUUCACAAACAUUAAAACAGGUAUUAUAUGUGACAUUAAAAUGUAUGCAUCAUUGGGGCGAAAGGAAAACGAAUUUGAGCCUUGUUCAUGCAUGCAGUAUAAACUACUUACAAAAAAAAAAUACUGCAGCAAAAUUCAAUGAUUUACGCGCAAUGCACUUCAAAUAUCUUUAUUCUGUCUUUGUAUUUGGUGUACUGUGAAGGGACCCAACACAAGGGCCUACCUACGAUGUAAUUCAUCCUUUCUCCAUCCCUCUCUGUCUCGAGUUUUCUUUCUAUUAUGUCAUAUAUUUUGUCUUAUAACAUCAAGGAGUUGCUCGCCUUGAAACUCCCUGGUAACACACAGAUAUAAUUAUGUAAAUCCGCUCAGGGCCUGUGUUGCCCGAAGCUAUGUUUUCCACUACCAUUCCGUACAUGUAAAAUGUAUUUUCCUUUGCCGUGGCAUUUUCUUUCUUUUGUUGGGGGGGGGGGGGGGGGGAAGCUGUUUACUGCAUCAUGUAUAAACGGUGCUCAAUAUCCAUCUACUUGAUCCAAAACCUGGACUCAUUAUCAUUUCUAAGCUCUUUCUGAGCUUGAUAAGUCCUGCCUCCUACAGAGCCGAUCCAUUAGAGAUUUUUAUUUUCAUUCACUAGGCAUUUUAGCACAAAAGGAAAGAGGAUGAAAUCAUGCCAUUAGGCAUUGUAAGAGGAUUCAAUUAUGAUUUAAGGCGCAUUUUCUCAAGGAGCUCAUGUCCUAAUGAGUUCUUUAUAUAUAUUCCAGGGAUGUAAAAAAAGGCACAAAGAAAUCCAGGGUACAAAGAGUAGAUGUCCAAUUGUAUGUGAUGUUUUUUGGUCAACUCUUUAUCUACAGUUGAAUGUGUCCUAAAAACCACUGACUGCGAGACAAACCUGUUUUGAUAUUCAAUCUGCUAGUAUAUCAUGUACAUUAUUAUUGGAGUGCAAAUAAACACCUAAUCUAUGUUUUAUAUAAACAAAGUUUGAAGUGUGUAUAAUGGAUUGUGUAGCUAUGCAAAAUUCACCUUUCAUGCAUGUGAUGAUAUUUUAUUGAUAAUUGCUAAAAUGAUUAAUAUUCAUAGUAUUCAUUGCAUUUCAUGAAUAUUGUUCCAUGGGCUUUGUUUUACUAAAUACUUAAGAAAUUGUCUUGUGAGAGCAAGAAGAGUGGUAUUUUUGUGCUAAUUUAGUUUACAUAACGUCACUUUUUUCAGCCCCAGGGCUCGUCAAAGUUGUCAUAUUUAUCAACUGCUACUCGAUGAAAACACAAAUUGAAAGCAAUGUUUGUUUUUCCUUAGAAAGUAUAUAAUAGAACCUCUUAUCAUAGCCAUGUUCAGUCAAGCCAGGUCUCUUUAAAGUUUGAAGGACACGUUUAAAAAGAAUCGUUUGACUGUGAAUCAUUUUCAUAUUGUAAUAUUAUGCCUUUCUAGCUAGGUUCAUACAAUAGUUCAUACAUUUUAAGUUUAGCUUGUGGUUUUAACUUUCGGGUUAUCCUAGAUAUUAAAGGGGACGUGGAGAUGCACACGUUGUUUUGGGCACUUAAAUUUACUUGAAGUUUUAAACCAGAAGUAUUCUUAUGGUCAUCACAAAAACUAGGGGGGGGGGGGGGUCUUUAAGUUAUAUGCCAUGUGGACACAAUCAACUUAAGAGGUAUCACCAGCUUGUAAUUGCAAUGACUGCUUGCCUGGCUUGUUGUUUAAAACCUCACCCAGUCACUCUGAUGCCAUGUGAACACACAUUUCAGAUGUUUGCAGAUUUAAAGUUAAAACUAUGACACUGCCAUAUGAACAUAGCCCUAGUAACAUAGAUACACCCAAAUUUCAAACAAAUUAAUUUUUUUAAGCAAGUAGCCUAAUCUGUCUU